AUGGCAGAGGCUGAGAGCAAAACAGAACUGGCCCAAGAAUUGGAGAAGCUCCUGCGUCGGCCGCUGACCAGCGAGGACGUGGCAUAUGACACUUCUGAAGACAUACAUACCUUGGAGCCAUCCUUUCAGUCGUCUGUGACCGUGCGACUGGAAAAGUACGAGUUCAGGAGGCAAGCUACAGGUCACUCCGCAGCCAGUUCGCAGCAUAACGCUGCCAGGAGUCUCUUGAAGGAUUGGGCUGAAGUCCAGGCUCACGCGAGCCAGGCGAACCCUGGUGCUACAGUUCCGGCAGGAACCUUGCAAGAAGCACCGGCAGUGCAAGUAAGCGAAGGAGCCGCAUCUGUGGAGUCGGACGACCGGCCGGCGGACUGCAAGAGCAUUCUAUCGCGUCUCAUGCAGAAAGUGCUAGGCCGUUCAGCGACAAAAGACGAUGUGACGUUUCAGACCGUAGAGAAGCAGGGGCAGCAGAGUCAGCAGAGCAAGCCGAUCUUCCAGUCUACGGUAAUUCUGAGAAUAAGCGCAAACGAAUGGACGGGCGUUGGAGAGGCAGUCUGUGGUCCGAAGAAGACUGCCGAGCAGAACGCAGCUUGGAAAGCGUUGCAGGAAUGUCCGGAGCUGAAGCCGCUCUACGAAGCGAUGUUCAUGGGAACGACAGGCAGCCGGACUGUAUACCCUGCCUUAUCAAAUGAUGAGGACAUGACGGCGGCGGGUGACCAGACUGCAUACCCAAAUGCCUUGUCAAAUGACACGGGCAUUGCGGACAUGACAGAUGGGCUUGUGGGUGACAAGAGGAUAGAGCAUGAAGCCGCGAAGCCCGCGACUGUCCAAGUGGUCUCUGAGGACGCGCUGCCCGAAGAUCUCAGACUGCGCUUGGCACAGGAGGAGGUGCGCAUUCCACAUGAUCUCGCUGAGCUCACAGAGGUCGAGGUAGAGGACGCCAUGGUGGGACGGGCGUAA